CUACAAGCUGCCGCUGCCGCUGCCACAAUUUGAGUUUGCUGUCACUCGGGCAAGGACACACAGGGCUGCAAUGACAUUGUGCAAGUUAGCUAAGUAGUCCUUACUAGCUCAUUACCACCGUUAAUCCACUGGUUACCACUAUAUAAAACAUGUCAUGGAGAUGCGCUGUCUGAACAGCUGUCGGUCUUAAGAAGGUUUUCGUCCGUAACAGGUCUCAAGGACACAGUGUCUGUGUCUUUGCAGUGUCCUCUGUGCUGUGGGUGAUGCUCUGCUGGUGACUGGGGUUGCCUUGCCCCCUGUAGUGAAUGGCUGUGAGCAGAGGUGUUGUUGCCUUCUGGAUGGGUUGUGUCGGCAGCCAUGGCAGAAGGCAACUCAUCAAAAAACAGAGCUGGACCCUAAACCAGGCAGUCAAUUGGUUUUGGAUCCCUCAGACAUGCCCCCUGAGCAGUGCAUCAUGGGCCCUGGAACCCCCCAACAGCCUGAGAUAUCAGAACAUUAAGCAGCCAGUGCUCUCCCACCCAUUCCACAAUGUCAGCCAUCUUCAGAGAGAAGGUUACUAUGAAGAGGACUUGGAGGAGUUGCUCAGCGUGUGUGUGCUGGUGCGACAGGGUGAGUCAGAUGGUCUCCACACCCUGCUGGAAAUCCCUCUGUUCAGUCACAUUAAACUCGGAGAGCUCCUCGCUCUGGGGGCUCACAAAUCGUCUGAGUUUUCCUUUCCCCUAACCAUGGUGGAUGGCAGCAGAGAGGAUGAUAUCAGCAUGGACAGCUUUAAGAAAGAAAGUGCUGAUGCUAUAACGAGAGAACAAGGCUGUUUCAGGAGCCUGUUUGAAGCAGAGAGGUGUCCAGCACCGUUCAUUUGCGGCUCCCACUAUUAUUGUUUCCAUUGUCCGGGCACAGAACCUGUGCCUUGCAGUGAGCUGAAAUCUAAGAGGCUGGGUAUUGGACUUGAUGACAAGCCUGUGGAGCUACCUCUUCUGCAUCCUACCACUCUGUGUAGCCAUACAGAGAGAGCAGAGGGUGGAUAUACUAAAGGAGACACUGAAGAAGAGGAGAAGUUGGCUGUGAUGUAUGAAAGACUGGGUAUAGAGCUUCCAAGUUUCUUUAUAAAGAACCAUGAUUACACCAUGUACUCAAAGGAUAUAGAAUUCCUCAAUGGCCUCAUGAAUACCAAGACCAGAGGACGUGUGCUGUACCAGCUCAUCCUCUCCCUGUGGCGCCUACUGUGUCUGUUUUACUACGCUGAUGCUCGGUUGGAGGUGCUGAAGCUCACCAAACACAUGGAGGACAGAAGCAUUAAGGCCCGCUGGAGGAUUAGGGGCCUGCCCUUCCACUCUGUGCUGCUGCGCUUCUAUCGCAAAGACAAAUCUCACCUUUAUAGGUCAUAUGAUGCAUUCUCUACAUUUUACAUUGGACAGGAUGGACUCAUUCAAUGUCAUAAAGUUGAAAAGAUGAUGCCAGCUCAGCCCCCUGUCGCGCCCAGGAUAACUUCCCUCAUGGCGGGGGCUCUGGUGGCUCUAGGGGUGCAGGAGCAUCGACCUGCACUCAACCUGUUGCCCCUCCUCCUUUCCUCGCUGCGACAUAGCAGAAACUAAACCAAGGAUAACCAUUGGAAGAAUAAUGGCUAGUGUAAUCAACAAUAUGUCCAAGGUUUAUGUGACUCUUCAAAGUUUCAUUAAUUUUCGACAGAGGGACACAAUAAAAAUGGGUUAAACAUUCUAUUCUAAAA